AAAAAGGAGAUUGUUUGGCCCCAAAAAUGGAUGAAGAGCAUUGAGCAAGACACUUCCUGUGAUAUUGACCAAAUGACAGACUCAGAUGUAUCACAGAGCAGUUCUACCCUGCUUCCCAGAAGACCUAAGCAAUCUCGGCACAAGGCAUUAUCAGGCAGAGCACAUUAUCAGAGGGCCCAUACAGCUCCACAUUAUAGAAUGGCUAAAGUCAGCUCCAGCAGUUUCAGCUCAUCCUUUACAUUCAGCAGUGAAGAGGAGAGUGACAGAUCUUCUAGCUCAUUUCAUCCAGAUCACCACCCCAGCACUGGAACCUAUUCCUGUCAUAUUUCGUGUCGAGUUUCCCCAGAUAAGCCUGGAUACUUUGAGUAUCUGCGGCCAUAUUCAGUCUAUUGUUCUCCAUUGAAGCGAUCAAGAAGUGUUCCUAAAAGCUUUGACGAGAGUUGCAGUUUGCAACACCCUGAGUUGAGUAAAGGCCAAAAGACAUACUUGUGGCACACUGCAGCAGUAUACAGCAUGACGAACCUGAAAGCAUUACAGGAGCGGCGUUACAAGCAGUUAUUGCAGCACCAAGUAGAUAUUGGAUUCCACACCCAGGAAGAAUGUGAUCGUUAUCUAAGUUAUUUGCUUGGCACACGUAAACGCCAAUACAUUGCUGACCCAAGGGUUUGGAGAGAACCACCUAAAAUACCUGUUCGGCAAAAAACUUUUCGGCUUCAUCCUCCCUCCAAAAGUCAAUCCCCUCGAGACUACCGGUUCUUCCCACAAGGAUACAGAGAGUCAGCAAGUGAUAUGGGCAGUGACAGCAGAUGUAGUGCAGACAAGAGAGGUCAGUCUGAAGAACAACUAACUGAUGAGUACAGAAAAGGCCAGGCUGGUCUACCUGAUGAUAAAGAGAAGGCCAGUGAUGAUAAAGACAAGAAAGAUUGCAGUCAGCAAGAGGCUGAUGAUAACUACUCAGCUUCUGAUGAGAAAAGUUUGUCAGGUUCUAUUCAAGGCAUGUCCCUGUACUAUGACCCCAAACGAAGGACCACAGUUACACGGGGACAUGAGGAGACAGGAAGAGAAAAUGCAGAUAACAAAGCCAAUCAGAAAUCUCCAAUCUCAAGUCACCAAAACUAUUUCUGGGGAUCUCAUUGAUGAGCUGGUUAAUUUGAAGUUUGUGUUCAACAUUUCCACACUAAACAGCACACAGCUUUAUCCACAUAUUUACAAAUGAGGACCUGCUAUUUGUGUCCUUCUAUUACUCUGAUUGUUUGGAGUUUAAUUUGUUAUCAACAUACUCCAUAAGGUUGGUAUAUCAGGUCCUCAGGGUUGUUUUCUUGUCACAAGUCUUCAGUCAUAAAAGAUAACAACCAAUGAGAGACUUUGAGACGCUUGGUGGCGCCAAACACACCGGUCCUUUUUACCAGUUCUGAGCAUGCGCGCGUUGCUUUGAACAUACGUGCAUAGUUCUUAGCACACGCAAUACCUUGAAAAAGGACCGGUGUGUCUGCUGCCAUUAGCGUCUCAAAGACAUUCAGUUGACACUGUAUUACAUGCUGUGGAUUUUCUCAUGCUAUGCUUUGACUUCAUUUUAGUGGCAUUUGUAAUUUAUGAUCUCACCAACCUGUUUGAUUAAACACGUAAAUUUAGAAAAAGGGUCAUUUGUAAUUUUUGAUGGGCUCAUUGUCGAUUAACAGUGUAGCGAAUUCUUGUACUUGCAUAGUGUGGUUCAUUUCUCAUAACUCAGUAGGGGAAAGUGACACUUCAUGUUCUUGUUGUUUCCCAAAUCUUCAAAUAAAGCUCAGAUGAAUGGUCCUCUUUGAUUCCACAGCUUAUACUAGGCAUCCAAAGAUGUUCCAGAUAAACUGUGGUCAGACACCAGAUAUCAAUUGACUGGUUUUCUAAUUAAAAUGUUUGUGAAACUGCACAUGACAGCUCAUCUCACCUUGAGUUAUUGUAGACAAACAGCUGAUCAUGUCCAAGCGCUUUUUGUCUCCAGUUUCACCUUGUGGGGUAAUUUCACUAUCAGCAUGGCAAUUAAUCACUAGUCUUCCAUGAUUAAUUACUCAGUGAAUGACAAAAUAGUUUCUGGUUUCUCAUUUUUCAUUCAAGAUAAAUCCUUAAAACACUCUUGCACAGAUGUGCUGUUACUUGAAUUUAUGUCUUAUCAUUGUGCCAUCAGUCAAAAAUGUCAAACAUGAAUUGGUUUACUGAGCCAGGUUACAUUUUAAAUGGCCUUUAACACAUUGUCUGCCGCAAAGGGGCGUUCCCAUUUGCCAAACAUUGUAUGUGUGCGUGCAUAUUUAACAGAUACCUUUCAUGUGUCUAUUUGAACACGAGCAUUUUACAAAUGUAUGUCUUCCACACUGCCAGCAGUGUUUUUUGGUGAUGUCAGUGUAAUUUACAUAACAAUAGCCUUUCAUUUCCUAAACUUGUAGAGGCAGAAUCCAGGUACACCUGUGAACACGAGUGUACAUGUAUAUUCUUAGUUGGCAGUCAAUGUGUUAAAGGGACAACAGUCAUCAUACAAGGUUUGCAUUUGCUCUUAAUACAACAACACACUCAACUGCCGCCAUUUAUGUACAUGUAAAUAACUACUGUGCGAACUAUUCACUCUUUGCACGCGUUCGCCAUAGGCAUGCAGAGCCUUGAACUGGCAGCUUGUACAAUUGCGUCAGAAUGGCUUUGUCAAAUGGCAUGGUAUAAGAACUAACAUAGCACAUGCAAAAUUAUGUAAGCAGCAUACACAGGAAUUACUGAACCAGCUCUAUUUAUUGUGUAAAGCUGCCAGAUCGAGGCUCGGCAUGCCUAUAGCGGCUGUGUGCAAAGAACGAAUAGUGACAGCUUUAUAGCUACCAUGGAAGUUGGUCAUUCAUCAGGUGUAUAUCACAAUUGUCGAUGAGUUUGUAUGCUGCACUCAUGCUUGUAUUUUGUAAAAUUUCCUCCAAAGUUCUACUGGUAGCAUUGUGAACAUAAUUUUGGAAUGCUGAAAUAAUUCAUGCAUUUUUCCCAAGACACAAUCCAGUCAAAGGUGUCUUUGAAAUACAGCUGUUUGUAGCCUACCUGAAAUAUUGUUGAUUUAUAUUCAUUUCAAUACCCCUUUGGUAGAGUCAAUGCAUGUACAGGUAUGUGCAGGCUACUGCAUGAUACUGUAAGCAUGCACAACCAACUAUUGGUGAUCUGCACAUGUACUCAGGACAAGUGCGUAAAACGUUCUCCACCAUCCUCUAUCUUCUUUGCUGGUAGGGAAGGAUCCUUCUUGUAGGAACAAAUAUUAAAGCAAUUCACAUCAUUUGUAAGUUUUAUACACAACCUGCUGUAGCCUCCUUUGAACGAUAGAAGAUCAGCCCCACAUUCUAUUAUCACCAUAUUUUUCUUUUAAAACUUUAAGAGUGGUUUAUGGUAUUGGGCAAAUGUUAGACAGUACAAUAAUGUUUGGGCAUAAAGGUGGUCUAACAAACUGUUUCGUAUUCAGCACACAGGGGGCAUCCCAAAUCCGAAUAAUGUUUUGAAUGCAUGUUCUCAUCAGGAUGAUUUAUACAUGUAUGUUAUUUCAUAUGUAAUCCUGCAUUUUUUACAAAAUUCAUUUCAGCAUUUAGUCAUGAAUUCAUGUUUAUGAAAUUGAGAGUUCAGAAAGGAAACUCUUAGGUCUGGAACUUGAAGUGGACUUUGUUUUAUAAUAAAACAAAAGUUUGAAGAUGUUUACCAUGUUCUGAAACUGGACCAGGGCCAAAUAUCGUAAUGCUUCUUAGCACACAAUACUUGUGGUUUGCUCAUGUAAAAAAAAACAACCAUUCAUCUCACUAGAGACUCUGCAUUUUGAAAAGCAAAGGGCACCUCUAUUUGAAAGGGAGAAGUGGCUUUAACCACUUGCUGCCGAGUGGAUUUUUCUUGAGCAAGACAAGAUACCGGGUCCUUUUCAAAAUUUUCCG